AUGCAAGAUCAGAACACAAAAUCUCUUGAUCAGUAUAAUGCAUCUUCCUUUAAAUCGCCCACAUCAUGGUAUACUUCAGACACAAUUAAUGAGUACAUUAAAAUGAUAGUAAAACGGUCAGAAGGUGAAGUUUAUGCAGUUGUCACUGAUUUUAUUGUAGCGUAUCUUCGAGGAGGCUAUCCAGCUGUAAGAAGAUGGAUAAAAAAAGAUAUUCACACAAUAAAAUUACUUUUUGUGCCCAUGAAUGUAUAUGGGAGUCAUUGGAUAUUGACAGUGGUUAAUAUACCUGAAAAGACUGUGACAUCAUAUGAUAGUCUUAAGUCGUAUAAGGGUCCUUAUCCAAUGGUAUUAAAAAAUUUCUUAAUUGAAUGGGAGAUGGACAAAAAAGGAAAAGCUUCUACAUGGACAUUACAAAUAGGCGAGACAUCUCGCCAAACCAAUGGACAUGAUUGUGGGCCAUUUACUGUUGAGCUGGCAGAAAAAAUGUCUCGAGGAGAUACAACACCAAUAAAUGUUAUUCGACAAUGUACCAUAACUUGGUGUAUUACACUACUUAUAGAUAGCAAUGCUGGUGAAAUUGGUGGUCAGUUGGGUUACACUAUGUUGAUAGCAUUAGUUGUAGCAUGA